AUGGCGAAACGACAGAAGAAAUUGUCGUAUUUCUUCACAAACUCCACGACUUCCGAGGACUCUGUCGAUGUCAUUCAUGAGAGAGAAAAUGUUCCAAACACCCCGGACUCGCCAGCGGUUAACGCUACACAAACUGCUGAGAUUGACAGCACGCAAGCCACCAAGAACGCGUUCCAUAAAAAGUCUGAUUCUCUUACUAAAGCCUUGUCAACAGCGUACUGGAUGGCAAAGGAAAACGUGGCGUCAAUGAAGUUUAGUUCUAUGUUGGACUUUAUGGACUACCAGGGUGUUGAUGUCACUAGCAUGAAAGUUGGCGACAAUGCUACAUAUUCCUCACGGGCAUCAGUGGAAGAGUUUCAGGAGUGUAUUGCUGAAGUGGUGGAAUCUGACUUGUUGGAAAAAGUGAAAGCCAGCCCUUUUAUAAGCAUUUUGACGGAUGAGAGCACUGACAUAUCCAACACAAAGAAGAUGGUGCUUUACAUACGACUUGUCGACCAAGAUACAUUUGUUGCCUCGACACACUUUCUUGGCAACGUCUCGAUAGAGGGCUCCUCAGCUACGGCAGAAAUUUUGUUUAAUUACAUUGUUAAUUUCCUUGAGUCCAAGAAAAUACCUUUGUCCAAAAUUAUUGGAUUUGGUAGCGACGGUGCAUCAGUCAUGACUGGAUCCAAAAGUGGUGUAGCGACAAGGCUACGACAGGUGUGUCCGCAUCUUAUUAACAUUCAUUGCAUGGCUCAUCGCUUCAACCUGUGCACUUCACAAGCAUCGCGGAAAAUUCCCUACUUGAAGGAUUCUUUUGAAAAAACCUUCAAAGAUUUGUACUAUUUUUUUGAAAAAUCUGCAAACAGAGUGGCGGAACUAAAGGAAAUCCAAAAGGUAUUUGAAAGUCCUCAGUUGAAGGUGAAAGAGGUGCAUGAGAUUCGAUGGCUGGCAUUCUAUGAUGCUUUGUAUGCCAUUUUCCACAGCUGGAAAGCACUCAUCACCUACUUUAAGAAGAACAACAAGACCCAGCAGUGUCAAGAUCUUUUAGCAAGCAUCAUUGAUCUGAGGUUCGUUUCAUUUUUACACAUAAUGAUGGACAUUAUCCCACAACUAGCACAGAUGAGUAUGUUGCUUCAAAAGUCAGAUCUGGAUGUUGCAGCACUUACACCAGCUCUGGACAACAUUCAUUCAUCACUGAAAAGGGCUGACACCGGGCACACAUAUUACCAGAGUAUCUUACAUGAAAAGUUAGUGACAUCAUCAGCGUAUAAAACGGUUUCAUUUCAAGGUGUCAAACUACAAAUUCAUCGGAGUACACCCAAAAAGGCCACUGAGAAUGUAAACAAAUAUCGCCAUGAAUUUGUGUCAGCACUACAGGAUCAAGUUAAGGCAAGAUUUCCAAAAGAUAGCACAAGUGUUGCCUGCUCAUUUGACAUUCUUGGAUUAAGAAACCUGACCUUCCUAAGUGAGGAGGAACAACUAUCAUUCGGCAAUGAGAAAAUUGCAGUACUUUGUGACCACUUUGGAAGUGAGAAGAAGAUCCUUGAAGUCAUCAGCUCUCCGAAAUUUGACCAGAAAUUUCUGCCAGCUGAAUGGACACUAGCCAAGACUGUCAUUAAGCAGGAGCGAUACCCCAGAGACAGGAUGGCUCAACUAUGGCAAUUGGUUCACCAACAUCAUGCAGAGACAUUCCCAAAUCUACUGAAGCUGGUCCAGAUUGCAAUUCUGAUGCCGUAUCAAACAGCAGACUGUGAGAGGGGGUUCAGUAACCAAAACAAUACAAAAACAUCUUCUAGAAACCGCCUGGAAGGGAAAACACUCAACAGAUUAAUGCUCAUCAAUAUUGAAGGACCACCAUUGAGAGAGUUUGACUUUGGUCGUGCACUGUCCGUUUGGAAAUCAAAGAAAGACAGACGUGUUUUCAAACAUUGACUUGAAGACCAUUAUUGAGAUAAUACUCAAGUUCUGUUAAUUAAAACAAACCAGAUUUAAAACAAACAUUUUGGUGUUUUUUUUUAAUAAAACUAAAACA